CAUCAUCAUCAAUCAUUCCGACGUCAACAUCUCGUAAUGUUGAUGUUUUUCGCACACACACCAGUUUGUUUCAAUGAAAAUUAAACGUUGCGACCAACCAAAGCCCAUUAGGAUGAUGAGAAGCCCUGGCGCAGUCCCUUCCGGUCACGAUGGAUGCCCCCCGAGGUCCAGAUUGGACCACUUUACCGCAUGAACUGGUCGCCACCGUAUUCCAGAACCUGGACACCAGGAAGGACCGGAUCGCGUUCACCCUGGCCUGUCCCGAAUGGUUCCUGGCCACGGACGCCCCCGUCUUUUGGCAAAAUUUUAAAAUCGUUAUCGACGUCGACUACGCAGAUCCUUAUCUGAUGCAUAUGGUCCAGAGGUACUUUCGGCACUUUAAGACCCUGGAGCUCACUUGGGUGAUGUCCCCCCGAUGGGUCAGAAUGCCCUUUUCCCACUAUAAAGAAAUGGUGAAGGCUAUAGGGAGGAUACUGGUGCUGCUCUAUGAUUUUUCGGUGCAGCUUAGGGAGAUCCACGUGUCCAGGUGGCCCGGGAGCAAGCACACCAAGAAGCUCGGAUAUUUACUUAUGCGCUAUAUCAAGAGUCAGACAAGAUUGAGGAUUUUGACGUUAAACGAGGCGAACUUUUAUCACGUGAAUUUCGCCAACGUGUUAACCGAGUGCAUGCGGUCCCAUAAGACGUUGAAAAAGUUGAAUUUCCAUUACACCACCAAGUGGUCCAGGCAAUCGUUUAACCGGUGGCUUUUCAGCAUGUGCCUGGAGAACUUGUACUUUUUGGAGUCACUCACUAUGGAUUGCUGGAUGUUUUGGCAAUUUUUUAGUAAACUUCAAACCCUCAUACCCAAACUGAAAGAGCUCAAUUUAUACUUGGACGAAUCGCCCUCUCCCUCCCAACCGGAGCCUUUGGCCUUAAUAAAAGACUCCCAAUGGGAGUUAUUCUCCACGUAUCUCCCAAGGAGUUGCGUUUAUCUAACAAUUGAGCGACCCAUGAACGACACUUUGGCAAGCAUAAUCUUCCAGAAGGACUAUAAGCUGGUGUCCUUAAACUGGAACUACACGUAUUAUAGGGAGAGUUGCCGCACCGAUUGCUGUUUGUGUCUGGAUAAACUGGCCCAUCUGGAUUAUCCCUGUUUAGAGAGAAUUAGGUUAAACGUGCCAUUCCCACCGGAGGUGCUGAGGGAUCGCGUGAAUUAUUUAGUAAGGAAAUGCCGGGGCAUCAAGUCCUUCAUCCUGAAUGGCAACGAACUGAUCGUUAAUAGGGAUUUCUUUAGAUCGCCCGCGCACUUUACUGUCUUAAUGUAACAGGGGAGGGCACUAUUUUAAGUGGAAGCUAAAUAAAUUUAAAAAACCGUU